AUGGUCCAGUCCACCCAGUACAAGCCUCGUCCCCUCACGGAUGUAUUCACCAACGAUACCGACAUCGACCGUCGAACAUGUAGCCGCAAGGUCCCCAUGAAGGUCCUUAUCCUCGGCCUAGGCCGUACCGGCACAGCCUCCAUGCGCGCCGCCAUGAAACAGCUCGGCUAUGUGGACACCUACCACAUGAUGAAUUGCUCCAUCGAGAACCCUCCAGAUGCCCUCAUGUGGAUGGACGCCCUUACAGCCAAGUAUGACGGUAAGGGCAAGCUCUUCACCCGUGAGGACUGGGACAAGCUAUUAGGCAAUGCCCAGGCCGUUUGUGACUGGCCCGCCAUCGCCUUCGCCAAGGAACUCAUCGAAGCGUACCCCGAAGCCAAGGUCGUGCUCACCAAUCGCGAGGUUCACUCCUGGCACGCGUCCACAAUGAAGACGGUGUACUGGCGAGUCACCGAUCCCGAGCUCCGUUGGUUGUCCAACUUCGAUUGGGCUGCUAGCAUGUACUAUCCAAUGCUCAAGAAGUUCUUCGACACUUUCUUCGAGGGCGACUUCCCCAACAAGGGCAAGGAGGUCUUCCAGAAACAUUAUGCGCAGGUCCGCAGCCUCGUUCCCAAGGAUCGUCUCCUUGAGUACCGCGUUCAGGACGGCUGGGAGCCACUGUGCAAGUUCCUUGACCAACCCAUCCCUAAGGAAUGCCCUUUCCCCAAUGUCAACGACAACUCGGACUUUGUGACACGCUCGCGCCGCCGAAACAGAAACCAGAUGUACAAUUGCGCUCUGCGUUAUCUCCUCAACACCGCGCUCUUCGUUGUUGCAUUCCUUUUCCUCUACCGGCUCGCCGCCAGCAUGGGUCUUGUCAAAUCCCGUGCUGCUUCAUACACCCUAGACUUCUCAGCGAUCCAGGCAUUGUUGGAUCAGCAAUCUUAG